AUGGAGUUUUCAGAUCCGACCACUAUAGAACUGCCCAGCUCAGAUUCGAAUAGCGAAACAUCGGAAUGGUUUUGCCCUUCCCCGGCGAGAUCAUUGCCUCCAUUUCAGUACCAUGCGGACCGACACCAAAUCGCAGGGUCUCUUAUCGUUCAACUGUUUGAGUUUAAGGAAGCUGGGCGCGAUAGGCGGAUCAGGGAGGUCUUGAACGACCUUCACUCGCUUAAUGAAGACAUCCGCCAGCUCAAUGCAGAGAGUGGGCUCGAUAAGGAGGUGGGAACAAUCGAUGUCGACAUUUUCCUGCACGCAUGGGAAGAACCGGGCUCACACCCAUAUCUCGAAGAGUUCUGCAGGCUGCGUCAUUAUCCAGUGACUUGGGCAUGCCAGCCGCCAGAAGCCAGUAGCGAGUAUCGCCCAUACAAACAAAGGUACUGGGAGAAUUGCGACUUGAAAACACCAGGAAUGCUGCUGCGCUUUGUCUGGGAGAUGCGAAAGGCAACAGUAAAGGAGGACAUUAUAGAAGACCAGGAGCUUAUCCUCCUUGGUUUUGAAUGCGACUUUAACAAAGGCCUUCGCCGGCUGCAUCAGGCGCACGGAAAUGCUGGGUCAGUGAUUGGCCUUCUUCAAUCAGAGUGCCUGCUUGAAGCCUAUCGUAUGAUGGUUGAGUGCCUUCAAGCAGGAGAGCCAGAACGCUAUGAAAAGCAUAGGGAAGAUCUUCGAAGAGACUGUGUGCUAUUCGGGUAUCCCCAGGCGUGGGUUCCUGGGGAUUAUGAGCAGGAGAAGGAUAGAGCUUGA